GAAACUUCACAAACGCGUAACUUAAUUUACUUCAUCUACCCUCCGUCAGGCGUCUUUAUGCUCUUUGAGUGCUGGUUAACCAAGAUGACGCACAGCAAGGUGAAAAAGACGGGUCUGGAAGUGUUUCUUAUACUUGUGCUCUGCCUUUCCGUGGUGCGCGGAACACUUUAUAGCAAUGGGCUAUCAAAAUAUGGUACGAAUGUUUGCCAAGAGUGGAAAUGGAGGACCGUUGCAACAUCCACCCUGGUGUCGACUGUCAGUUAUCAAAUCUACAACUCACGCAGUAAACUUUGUGGUUGGAGGCGUUGCAGAAAGUCUAGAACUGUAACCAGCUACAAAUUGAAAACGAUCUACCGUCGGACAAUUGAUACAUACUUCAGAUGCUGCAAUGGAUGGAGAAGAAGAGGAAAUGAAUGCCCAAUAGAUGUAAACGAACGCUCUUCAAACAACGGAGAUUGUCAGCAGCAAUGCAUUAACAGGAGAGGAGCAUCAAGACUUUGCUCCUGUAACAGCUGGUACAAAACAAGCCCAUACGAUAGUAAGAAGUGCGUUGAUGUAGACGAGUGCCAAAGGUUGAUUGAAUGCACCUGUGCUUCUGGGCCAAAUUCAUGUGGAAAAUCAUGCAGGAACACUGUUGGAAGUUAUUAUUGCACGUGGGGAAAGAGUUAUUGACUGUAGAGUAGUACAAUGUGCACAGGUUUAUCUCAGAGAGAAGAAGUGGACCCGAGAUCAGAUGUUGCUCGGGCCGAAGAAGGUGCACGGCGUUGGUAAUUUUCUAUGGGUUGAUGGGAGUCCUUUAAAGGGGUACGCUAACUGGACCCCUGGAGAACCGAAAAAUGCAAGAGGUCAAGAGUUGUGUACUGAGAUAUUGGUAUCUGAAAAAUACCAGUUGGGCAAGUGGAAUGAUGUGAAUUGCCACAUAACCGGUCACAAGUCUGUCACAGUCCGCGAAAAACCUCUCCCAGAGGGAAAGUGAAAGAAAUGAUUUAGUUAAUUGCCACAACUAUUUAGGUUUUUUUAAUUAGUUCUGUAGCAGCUGUGCAGGAAAUUAGUUGCAGCGGAAGUGUGUCCGUAUAAUAUACUAAUAACUCACGGCGCUGGGAUGAAAACUGUUAACACAUACACCUUCAUUUUCUAGGCAUAUUGGAAAAAACUAGUUUAUCAUCCGUUACAUUUGACAUUUUUAUCAGUUGAUAUAUUUUGCCACUAUGAGAAAAGCUUAUCGUCAGUGCAGUUAAGCAUUUUUCUCGAGGUGGCUGCACGAGUAAACAGUUGAUAUAUUUUUUUUCAUCCUUACUUGGAUUCUUUUAUAAGCGUUUUCCUUUUAGGUUCACUUAACUUCUCGAUCUAUAAAAAAGGACGAAGCUUAGUGUUCUUCCCUCCUUCUCCAAAUUUUUGAUUCAUUUUCAUAAUUCAUUUAAAAUCUUUAGCCAUCACUUCUCCUGAGAGUUCAGUUUUAGUUCGGCGAAUAUUUUCCUUUAAGUUUUACCAUCUCUAAGUUUAGCUGAGGUUUGCCAAAUCGUAACUUGGACUGUCCGAAAUUCAGAGAAGAGGACCGCUUUGUGAACGAAAAAAUUUGCGAAGGGUAAAGGAGUUUUUUGAUGCAGGAUCUUUUCUAGUGAGAUUGGAUGUGUGUUACAUUGCGAAUGAAGUAUUGUCGCCUCGGCAUGGGUGGGAAUUAAUGUUUUUCCCAGAGAAGAUUGAGUUAUGUUAAACUUUGAGAUUUAUGUUGGGGGUUGUAAGUAAGUUAAGAGUUUGCUCAAUAAAGAGA